ACGUACUCACACACUCAUUUCUCUCUCUCACACACUCAUUUCUCUGUCAAAUCUCUCUCCCUUGUCUCUCACACACACUCCUUUCUCUGGCAGAUUUCUCUCUCACAGACAGCUUUCCUCACUCCCUGCGGAUGUGCUUACAGCUUUUGCACACAUGGUGUAAAUGCAGGCGACUUUGUUAAUCGGAAAGUGGGUUCUAGUUUCCCCGCGAGAUCUGAAGCAGUGGUGUGAAUUGAUGCAAUGAGGUCGAGUACUUGGCUUAGUUCGGUGGUGUUUCAGCUCACUCCAACUCGAACGAGGUGUGAUUUGAUUAUCAUUGCCAACAAUAAGAGAGAGAAAAUUGCAUCGGGGUUGUUAAAUCCAUUUCUUGCACACCUAAAGACUGCUCAGGAUCAGAUUGCUAAAGGCGGUUAUUCAAUUGUUCUAGAGCCAGCAUCUACCGGUGAUACAUCAUGGUUCACAAAGGCCACUCUAGAAAGGUUUGUUCGUUUUGUGAGCACUCCAGAAAUCUUGGAGCGUGUCUACACAAUAGAAACUGAGAUCUUACAAAUUGGGAAGGCAAUUGCCAUACAGAGCAGCAAUGAAAUUGGGCAAAGCAUUGUGGUGGAUAGCCACAAACAAAAAUCUUUGGGCGUGUAUGAAGAUCUAUGGACAGGUGAAAAAUCUGUGCCCAAUGCUGAUGAAGAGAAGGCAAUUGUUCUAUACACGCCUGGGGCACCACCGCCUGAAGCCAGUGGAUCAUCCUUGGAGGAGGGAAAUUCAAAAGUUCAGCUUUUGAAAGUCCUCGAGAACCGCAGGACAGCGCUACAAAAAGAGCAAGGAAUGGCUUUUGCACGUGCAGUGGCAGCAGGUUUUGACAUUGAUGACAUAGCACCCCUUAUAUCAUUUUCCGAGUGCUUUGGAGCAAUGCGUUUAAUGGAAGCAUGCACAAGGUUCCAAGAUAUCUGGAAGAAGAAGCAUGAAACAGGACAAUGGCUUGAUAUUGAGGCAUCAGAAUCAGUGGGCACUCAACCAGACUUUGCUUCAAUUAAUGCAUCUGGCAUUAUUCUCUCUAGCACACCCAACAAUCAUGACCACCCGGACAAUGAGCCAGCAGCAGCGGAUAAUGGGAAAUCAGGUUCAACAAGUAAUGCUGCAGAUCGCAUGGCUCCAAAUGGCCAGCAGGAAUAUAUUCAAGGGCAAUUUCCGCACUUUUUAUUUCCACAGUGGCCUAUACAUGCACCGCCUGGUGCUCAACCAGUAUUUCAAGCAUAUCCUGUGCAAGGCAUGCCAUACUAUCCACCUUAUACAGGUAAUGGUCUUGUGUUUCAGCCACCACACCAACCUAUGGAGCAGUCUCUGUCAAAUUUUGGUCCCCAAUCAAGCCAGAUCAGACAAUCUGAUGAUGCUGUGGGCGGUAAUCCUGGGACAGAGACAUUGGAGACUAAUGGAACAAGAUCUUUAGAUGAUACAUCAUUCAAUGCAGAAGUUUCACACAGUCGAAAAUCACGAAAAAAUGCUGGAAGUUCAAACAGAAAGCAAUCGGGCAUGGUUGUCAUACGAAACAUUAAUUACAUUGCUAAAGAGAAUAACUCUGAUAGUGAAACAAAUUCAGGUUCACAUUUGGAUGAAGAUACUGAAAAUGAGUCCUCCGAGGGUGACCGUCAAGAAGUGAGCCAUCAAAAUAAGAAUAAGAAGAGACCCUUCAAACAAGGAGUAACUUAUCCAAAGUCCAAGGAGAAGUUGAGUUCAAACAACGACGAGACAGCCAUGUUUGGAAUAGAUGGAGAUAAUAAACAAUGGCAGGCAUUUCAAGAUUGUUUAUUAAGGGGAGGUGAUGAAGAUGCUCAUACUGACAGAAGAACUAAUGCUUUGGACAAGGAUGGUAAGUUAAAGAAGCAUGUUGCAGGUGAUGAUCCAUUGGCUCAUGGUGUGCGAGAUUUUAGUGAAAUUCAAGAUGGUAAGAUGAGAGAUAUUCACAGAAUCAGUGGACGUGGUGGUUCUCGGCUCAAGGGGUCACGUGAUGAGCUUCUAUCUUAUAGUGUGGCUAAUGACCUGAGAGAAAAAAAUGACCAAAUGGAUAUUCAAUUUUCAGAAACCGGCGGGAGGAAGAUUUUAUCCAGGACAACACAUGAAGACUUUAUGAUUGGCAAUCAACAUAAGCAGGCUGAUUUGAGAAAUUCAUCACAAUCACUGGCUGUGAACUGUUUUGAGGGUGCUAAUAAGAUAGACAGAGACUAUUCUCGUGGAAUGGCUGAUGAAAGUUUGGUUGUGCCAUUUAGGUCGAUGUCGAUUGAUGAAGGAGCUGAUGGAGCGGGUAUUGAUAUAGAUUCUGAGAUUCCAUCUAAAUAUCAGAAGUUAGAAUCAGGAGGAAAUAAGAACAAAGUUAAUUAUGAGCCUAAUGAUUUAAGUCUGAUGCCUGAACGAAGAACUGAUAAGAGUUCAUUUGGGUAUGACCUUGCUCUGGACUAUAAAAUGCAAGUCUAUGCCCAAGGGUCUCAGGAGAAAGGCAAAAGAGCUGUUGCUGAUGUGAAGGUCAGUGGCGUGAGGAGAUUAGAUAAGGAGCGAAGGUCAAAGAUUACCUCAGAUUCUGUAAAUAAGCAAAGAACUGGAGGUCCUGUGAGGAAGAACAGUUCAUCAAUGAUGAGUGCUACAGAAGAUGCAAGGGCCCGUGCUGAAAGCCUAAGAUCCUAUAAAGCUGAGCUGCAGAAAUUGAAGAAAGAGAAGGAACAAGCAGAAGUAAAGCGGCUAGAGGCUUUAAAGCAGGCAAGGCAAAAGAGGAUUGCAGCUAGAGGAGGUUCUAUCUCUGUAAAGUCAUCCACACCAUCUCCUCAGACAAAGCAACAGCUGCCCAAGAUUUCGCCUGCAACUAAUCGAGUAUCGAAGUUCAGCGAUUCUGUGCCCGGUUCAUCAUCUCCCUUGCAGAGAUCCAAAGUUAGAACUUCACUUGGAUCAAGUGAACCUAGUAAAGUUACCAAAACUGGUAAAUUAGGUGAGGGUAGCCACUCAGCUGGGAAUAGAUUGACCAGGUCCUCUUCGACAUUGUCUGAGACAAAAAGAGAAAAGACUAGUGUUUCUAAUUCUAAGGCAUCCAUAUCUCGGAUCAGAAGGUUAUCAGAACCCAAAACAAUGACAAGUUCUCCUGUUACUACAACGAAAUCCCAGAGUGCUGAUGGAGUAUUGAAGAGGAAAUUGUUUCAUGGGCCUGGAAAGAACAAAGUGUCUGCUAUCAUUGACCUUGAUAGACGUAAAGCUGCAACUCUUCCAGAAUUGAAGAUCAAGACGACAAAGCCACAAGAAACUACAGGUAAUAACAAAUCACUGGAUGACACACAGAAGGCAAAUGGAACAAAGUCAUCAGUGCUUCCAAAACAUGGUGAACCAAAUGUAAGCAAUACCAGUAGAGCUCAUCGAAUUGAUGCCGAAGACAACCCAAUAGUUGAUAAAAGUGUUUUGGUGCUUGAGACUGAGAAGCCUUCUCUUCCAACUUUGCAUCCAUCAGAAGCAAAGACAGGGUUACUGAAUCAACAACAUUAUAGUCGUGGAAAAGGAGAAAAAACAAGCAUGGUAUCCGAGUCAGCUCGCGCACCUUCUCCUCCAACACUGGAUAAACAGCCCGUAACUUUUGAAGUCCAAAAGCAGUCAGUUCGUAGUGAGGUUCCAAGCUUCGCUAACACGACUGGUGAUGGAAAAUCUUACCAGGCUCCUCAUGCUCGGGUUUCCUCUCUGGAAGACCCUUGCACUCAUCAGUCGGAUUAUGGAAAAGCACCAUUGGUACGUUCAGAAGUGCCAUUACGAGCUGAAGAUAAUGUCAGAACACAUGUUACUGAUUUAAAACCCCCCAAAAUGGACAAAUAUCAAGUGGAAUCGGAGAAGGCUUGUGUAAAGGAUUCGCCCAAAGGUUUGAGACGCCUAUUGAAGUUUGGAAAGAAGAGUCACACUUCAUCAUCAAUGGAUCACAGUUUUGACUCGGAUGGCACCGGUGUUGACAGUGAAAGUGCAAAAAAGAUGGCUUCAACAAGUCAAGCUCACACACUGAAGAACCUAAUUUCUCACGACGACGUCCCUCCUGCAGGAAAUGCUUCACAAAAGAGUUCUCGUCAUUUCUCUUUGUUGUCUCCUUUUUGGAGCAAAACGAGCGAAAAGAAACAAGCAUCGUAGAUCUUCAAUAUAUCAAGGUAAAUGUCCUUUCUUAGAUAUAUAUCAAGUGUGUAAUUACAAGUCACAUAUAUACUUCAAACAUCACUGUUUCAUAACAUGCUUUUCAUUCAUAUGUGCUACUUUGUCACCUCGAGCCGUACUAUAUUGCGUACACUACAGUAUCUUGUCGAUUGUUUUUCAUCGUAUUCGCAUACCGGAAUUUAGAAAUGUGUUCGGUUUCUUAUGAAAGCAA